AUGCUUCAGCUGUGGGACCCACAUCUCAGAGCAAAUGCCUAUUCUCCGCGUCCAUUGGUCAGAGGAACGCAGAGGGAUCCGAUUCUAUGGUCGCAGGAGACAUGGAAAAACGUUGCCGCGUUUGACGCCGAAAUUGCAAGGACUUAUCUCAACGUCGUUAUCAAUGGAUGUUCCUUGCGCUUCCAGCUGGACACAUGCAAGUAG